UAUUGUGUAGAUUUAAAUACUUGAAAAUAUUUGAAGGCAAACGAAAAACAUGAAUGGAUUAUUUUCGAGUUUAUCAGAGAAAGGAGUUAUGGGAUCAUUAUAUCAUUAUACAUAAAGUAUUAUAUUCUAAAAAAUGCAAUACGAAAAAUAACAAGUGUUUAAUAUGAAAAAAGCAAUUUUUUCGGUGGUGACAUAUUAAAAAGGGCAUCGCAAUAAAUAAUUAUAUUGAUAUAAAAUAUAUUCAGGAAAGACAACUCGUACUGAACAAUUACGCAUAGCGUUGAAGGGAGACAAUCAUCUCUCGUUCCGCGGUCAAGGUUACACACACACAAGCCAUCUUUUCGCUGUCUCGUGAACGAUCAGGCCCAGCGGAAAACUAUAUUUUGGAAUUAACCUCGGAAAAAGUUUAAGUCAGACUUCUUCAGUCAACAACAUGACUGGAUGCUGCCCAUUAUGGACCAGCCAGAGCUGACACAGGUUGGGUUCCCCGUGGACCUAGGCUACUAUCAGGCCAUGGACUCUAUGCCCGGUCUGGCCUCCUCACCCUACCCCAGCCCAAACAUGAUGCAGCCCAUCGCCAGCCCCAGCACACCUGGUGGGUCCUCCUACACGAGUGGGAGGAAACGGAAAGGCCAGAACUAUGAUGUCUCGUCAUUUGAAGGGGAUGACGAUGAGGACUCAAUGGACCCUGAAAACACAAAAAAGUAUGCAAGACAGAAUCACAGCGAGAUCGAGAAGCGCCGGCGUGACAAGAUGAACACGUACAUCAUGCAGCUCUCUACCAUGCUGCCCAUGUGUAGUUCCAUGAACCGAAAAUGUGACAAGCUCACUGUGCUGAGAAUGGCCGUGCAACAUAUGAAGGCACUCCGAGGUUCGUCUACAUCAUUCCCUGAGGCGAUGCACAAACCUUCGUUCCUGUCUGAUCAGGAGGUGAAACAGAGCAUCCUUGAGGCUGCUGAUGGUUUUCUGUUCGUGGUAGGAUGUGACAGAGCCAGGAUAUUAUUUGUAUCUGAGUCCGUCAGCAAUAUUCUGCAAUACACAAGGAACGAGCUUAUAGGGCAGAGCUUGUUUGAUUUCAUCCAUCCCCGGGAUAUCUCAAAAGUGAAGGAGCAGUUUUCAUCAUCCGACCUGGCACCUAGGGAGCGGCUCAUUGAUGCCAAAACAUUGAUGCCAUUGAAGACUGAGUUACCACAGUGCCCCACCCACUUGUGUUCAGGAGCACGACGCUCCUUUUACUGCCGCAUGAAGUACCGCAUCGAUAAUGGCGAGCAGUCUAAGUCAGGUCUUAAGUACGAGAAAGAAGACUUGGAAUAUGUACAUAGAAAACGGAAAUCAGACCAAAAAUCUUACAUUGUGAUACACUUUACUGGCUACCUGAAGUCGUGGCCUACAUCAAAAAUAAACAUCACUGGUGACGAUGAUUAUGAUGACUCCUCGAACAUCUUAAGUUGCUUAGUGGCCGUUGGGCAAAUACGGACGUCUUUUAAUCAGCCAGUUCAGUGACCUCUUGUUCUGUGAAUGGUUCAGGGAAUACUUCAAGUUAUCCAGACAGGAUUUACGGCCAGUGGAAUACAUGUUUCGAAUUUCUGUGGAUGGAAAACUAACGUUUAUUGACCAGGCAACAACAGUUGUGCUGGGUUAUCUCCCUCAGGAACUGAUUGGCACAUCAGUGUACGAGUAUUAUCAUCAGGACGACCUCACCAGGAUGGCAGAAAUUCAUAGAAAAUUGCUUAAAACAAAGGAAAAGUUGCAGACUGGGUUGUAUCGAUUUAAGGCAAAGAAUGGGUCAUUCCUCCCUGUGCGGUCAACUAGUUUUAGCUUUAGAAAUCCGUGGACCAAAGAUGUGGAAUAUAUAGUCUCCACAAACACAUACGUUCCGACUGAGGAAGUGAGCAGUUCAUGCCCAGGCUAUGACUAUUUUCUCUCCAUUGACACUGACUGCUCCACUACAGAUUGCUCU